UUGUUUUUUUUUGUUGCCUUCUCCCCACAGGAAGUGAUGGCCCCUCCAGUCCCAGCAUACCCUCUUUCCAUGGAAAUUUGAUUGAUGAAGCAGCAAACAAAGAGGGUUUUGACAAAUUUGUGGAAGAUUGGAAGACAAAGACAAACAUUGCCAUUGCUGUGGCAUGCGAGGAUCUUCCUUCACAGCCUGAAGGUACAGAGACAGAAGUGGAUGGCAUCCCACUUGAGUCAGAAGGAGUAGUGAUAGUUGGGGUGUGUGUGUGCUGGGGAGAGAAGGAUGCCCACUACAUCUCUCUACAAAAACAUGCUGGGGAAGAGGAAGAUGCUACUGAUGAGAUGAUCCCUCCCCCUCUGGAAGAUCGCCUUUGCAGCAUCAAAUCAGUCUUGGAGAUGGAAGUUGAUUCAAGGAGUUCCACUAAGAUAACUAAGGUUUUUGACCUGAAGGCCCAGUACAAAGCCCUAGCAGCGGGAUGUGAUAUAACCAUGAAUGGAAACUUCCAAGACCCCAAAGUAGCUGAUUGGUUGUUGGACCCAGAUGCAAAGGUCAAAAGAUUUGAUGAAAUGGUGAAGGGGCAGUUCACACCUCAAGAGUCAGACUUGCUACAAGGAUUACGAGAGUGUUUUGGUGAGGGAAGCCUGUCCAUGACAGUACAGAACGCAGGGUCAGGCCAGACGAGGGCAGCUCUGGAAUGUGUUUUCACCUUCCACUUGAUGGUCAAGCUUUCCAAGCUGCUGGAAGAACAGGGGCUUAGCACAGCAUUCAGGAAUGUGGAGAUGCCGUCCCUGGUGGCCCUGGCCCGUUUGGAGUUGAAUGGGGCCGGGUUCAACCCAGAGGAGUGUGAGACCCAGUGUCAGGUCAUGAAGGACAGACUCAGGAUGUUGGAGGAGCGGGCCCACAAGCUGGCUGGACACACUUUUGCACUGAAUAGUACAAAAGCUGUUGACAAGGUUCUUUAUGAGGAAAAAAAGCUGGAGAUCAAUGAAGACCCUUCAACAAACUCCCAACCCCAGGAACGUCUCAGUACAUCUAGAAAGGGUGUUCUGGAGAAGCUGAAGACGUCUCAUCCUCUCCAUCCUCUCCCUGGGGUGAUUCUGAAGUGGAAGCACAUUUCUAACUUACUGAAUAAAGUGACCCCACUACAGAAGAAGAAUGUGUACAACCCCAGGUUAAACAUGGACAGGAUCUACAGCACCUGUAACCUUCACACAGCCACAGGCAGGGUGGCCUUCCACGACCCAAACUUGCAGUUCAUUCCAAAGGAGUUCGAGAUAGAGAUGCCCACCGACACCAACAAUGAGGAUGGUCCACCUGCAGCUGGUGAGGAAACAAUGUCCAAGAGGAAAGUUUGUAUGAGGCAUGCCUUCAUUCCCUUCAAAGGAGGAGUGAUUCUUGCUGCUGACUACUCUCAGCUAGAGGUGAGGAUCAUGGCACACCUUUCCAAGGAUUCCAAGCUGACCCAGGCGCUGAACAGUGGACAGGACGUCUUCAAGGCCAUUGCCAGUCAGUGGAAGGGUGUGGCUGUGGAGCAUGUCAGUGAUAAACUCAGACAACAAGCCAAACAGCUCUAUUACGGUAUCAUCUAUGGGAUGGGACCCAAGACCCUUGGAGAAAAGCUGGGAGUGAGCAAAGAGGAGGGAAAGCGGCGUAUAGAGACCUUCAAAUCCAGUUACACAGGCAUACAGCGAUACCGCCAAACUACAGUGGACCAGUGUAAGAGGAACGGGUAUGUUCAGACGAUGGCAGAACGCAGGCGGUACCUCCCAGACAUCAAUGGGGAGGAUUAUUAUAAACUCAGCCAAGCAGAGAGGCAGGCGUUCAACACUACAAUACAAGGUUCUGCUGCUGACCUGGUGAAGAAAGCCAUGGUAUUGAUUGACCAGAGACUGCAGCAGGAGUUUCCUGACACUAGGAGGAGCCACAGACAUGGGGAAAGCACUGCUGCUGCUGCUGGUGGGUUGGAGUUCCAAAUAGUCAAUGUUCUGUCUGCUGAUUUCUGUUUUCUACUUUAGACUUACACUGACUUG